UAUGGCCAGCCUUUUAGGAACACAGCUACACCACACAACUGCCUACCAUCCACAGUCAACGGACUAGUGGAGCGCUUCCACCGUCACCUGAAAUCGGCUCUCAUGGCCCGCCUGGAGGGGCCUAACUGGGUGGACGAACUUCCCUGGGUCCUGCUCGGAAUCCGCACGGCGCCCAAGGAGGAUCUACACAGCUCGUCGGCCGAGUUGGUGUACGGCGCGCCCCUGGUCGUCCCAGGAGAGUUCAUACCAGCCCCAAGGGGGCAAGAGGAAGAACCCACAGCAGUCCUGGACAGACUACGGGAGAGGCUCGGUAACCUGGCCCCCAUACCCACUUCACAGCAUGGACAGAGCCCGACCUGCGUACCCGAAGACCUGCAGAACUGUCUUUUUGUACGACGGGGCGGACACCGGGCACCGCUACAGCGGCCCUACGAGGGGCCGUUUAAGGUGAUCAGGAACAACGGGUCCACGUUCGUGCUGGACAUUGGGGGGAGAGAGGAGGUUUUCACGGUGGACCGACUCAAACCGGCCCAUGUGGACUUGGCGCAGCCGGUCCAGGCUCAGGCACCACGGCGCAGGGGCAGACCUCCCAAACAGAGGCCGAUCCAGAAUGCUGUCAGAGCCGCUGGAUCCCCUCAGCCUGCUCCCGUGUGGCUGCGCGUUUGCAGUCGUUACCGGCCGGAGCCCGACUACGUGACCCGACCGGAAGCAGCGGCCAGCGGGCGGCUGAGGGGAAGUGAGCCGGAGCGGAGCAAACCCGGUGAGUCUGGCGGCAUCUGGGCAGACAGAGGGGCGGUCGUCGUUGCGGUUCGAGAUCCUGCAUGGGGACUGCGUGUGAUGGAAGGGAGCCGCUGUAUUGAAGGGGAGGGUUGA